AUGGUAGUAAUAGGGUUGUUUGUCAGAGCUGAAUUGGAAAACGCCUCUGAAGUCAAGGUUGGACCCGACCAUGUGUGGAGCCUGAACCUUAGGGAAUCAGAUGGCUUUGAAAAGAGGGACAACGUAACCCUAACUGCGUCGGAGUUGGCGGAUACUGGAAACAGCAGGAAUUCGGUGAAUUUGUGCGUUAAUUUUAAGGAAUCCAGAAGAAAGGCGACAAUAACACUGCGCAAUGUGAAGGAUGUUACUAGGGAUUUUUUCCCAUACAACAACGAUUACUCGUGCCUGGUUGCCUUUGAUUGCCGUGGUGUGGAUAUAAUGUCCUGGAAUCCUAACGGAGGAUACUCGGUGGUUUGUGACAGUGGCAAUGUCAUCGAUGACGUCACUUUCGAGGACGGAUCCUGGGUUGGAUACGACGAGAAAUCUGGAAAUUGUGUGUCAGUUUUGAACCUGGAGUAUGAACUCAAGGUUAUUCCAUGAACCCACACACUCACCACCUCCAAGCUUAAUUUUAAAUUUCUAAAUUUUCAAAUAUUUAAAUAUUUUAACAAAUAA